AUGGGUGUGAACGCAAGCUCCUGCUGCGAGAACCGGGAGGGCCAGGUGCCCGCCGAAGUUGUCGGAGCUGUGCGGUAUAGUGAAGAGAAAGAAGACAAAGACGACUUGGAGAGCUUCCCCAGCCAGAAUAGCCAUCUUAGCCAGCACACCGUAUGGCCCUCAUUCGGGUCCGAGCAUGACCUUCCGAUUGUCAUACCACGACGGAGUUCACGACGGAGCAAACACAGCUCCUUAAGCUCUGAGUUGGAGAUGGUCGUCGCAUCCAUGAGCAGCGAUUUGCCCAUGGUCCAGCGCGCAAUUACCUUUCAAGUGGAAGAGGCUCUGGCACGGGGUAUUCCCGUGGCCUCCACACUCCGGGACUUUGGCUAUUUGUGGAAGACAUCGCCCCUAGAACUGGAAGAAGACUCUCGGACGAAUCUAUGGAGCAAGGCGCAACCUGUCCGAAGCUUCGACGUGUUCUUCUCACACACCUGGAGAACACCAGGUCGAAGGAAGGUCCUGUCGCUGCUCUUCCAGUACGGCGGGCGAACGGUGGGGGUAAACCUCUUUGUCUUCGUGACUUUGGUGGUUCUCCUCAGUGCUAGGGGCAUGCUGCCAAUGGUGGAGCUAACAUGGCCUGUGAAUGCCGUUGGCUUCAAGGCUUCCUGUCCUUUUACCCCCUGGGCCUACCUCACCGGCACGCUGACAACGCUCAUCUCCCUCUUCAUGUCUCCCUACUGCAUCUGCACUCGCUGUUCCUCGAAAGCUUUCCUCGAUGUGGUCAGCAUUCAUCAGACAGACAAGACAAUGAAGCAGCGAGGCGUUUACGGCCUGGGAGGCUUCCUUAGCAUUUCGCAGGAGAUGCGAGUUCUGUGGUCGGCGCCAUACCUAACCCGCCUCUGGUGUGUCUUCGAGCUCGCCGCCUUUCGCAAAGCAAACCCGUCCAGGCCUUUGAACCUCAAACCGCUUUUCGUCGAGAGCCAGGUUUUGCUUCUCAUGCUGACGAGUGGUCUUUGCUGCGGGGCUUACAUCGCCGUGCGAACCGGCCAUGGCAUCAUUGUCCUUGCAAAUCUUGCCAUGGCGCCUUUCUUGAUCCUCGCCCACACCAACCGCAAGUUCAUGAGGGAGGAGAAGCAACUCACUGAGUCCCUGGAGAACUUCGACGUGAAGGACGCCGAGUGCCACCUGGAGGCGGACAGGGCCUUCGUGUCCUUGGCCAUCGCCUCUUGGUACGGGAGCGAGGAAGCCUUCAAUGAGUACGUCCGUGGACCGCUGAGGAGGGAGCUGCUUGCAGCCUCUGGCCUGGACCUCCCCAUGAGCUAUGCACUUCUCAUCGCUGUAAGCCCAUUCUGCAUGGCCAUCGAUGUGGUUGUAAGCAUGAUCGUUGCCGGCGCGCCGGUUGAUGCUGUGCUCGCUGCGUUCAUCAGCUUAGGGCUUGGCGUCACACUCUUCUGGUCGAUGUUCUGUGUCAAGGUCAUGUGGAGCCUCUGCAGCCGAUGGUCUUCCCCUGGUGCAACACGGGUCUCCGACCUCUCUGUGAGCCUGCUAAUCUUCCUGAUAACGAUCCUGCUUAUGGCAGCAGGUAGCGGUGCGGUUAACUAUCUCAUGUCAGUGUCGCUGGUAGGUGCCAUGGUUGUUGGCGUUCUAUCAGCGGUCUUCACCUGUGCUGCCUAUGGAUGCGUACAGCACUUUUCAGUCACGGAUGUCAGAUAA